AUAGGUCUGAGUUGAUGCCGAAUCUGUAACCCAGGCGGAUCAGAGAUGGUGACAGAUUUGAGCAGAUGUCGGAUUUGGUGAGUGAAGGUGGAGAACUGAGCUCGAGCAGUGCCAUUACUUCAGAAGGUGAUGUCAGUGGCUAUCAACAUGCUGCUAUAUCUACAUGGUAUUUGGUCCAUCAAGUUCGUCCAUAGUUCCACAAGGCAUUUGUCCACUGUGGGAUGCAUUUGUGCUCUGUAAAAUUUUUAAAAAUAGUGGACCAGGCCCGAAAAAUGGUGAACAGCAUGGAGCACCAUUUAGAGAAGAAGAUUGGGAUGAUGAUGCGGCAAACAAUUAUUCGUUAUCUGUUCCUCUUGCUGGCUCUAGUUCUCCUUCACCUGGUCCGACAGAUGGCCAAAAUAUGGUCAUGACAAACUGCGCAACUGAGGCUGAGAUAGGGUGUGAUUCAUUGUUGGAACCACAUCCUUGACUGUGUCCUGUUGUUGGCGAGGAGGAUCCUUCUUUACU